AUGUAUGGAUCUACCGGCUACGCCUGCCUGCCGAAAUUUUGCAACAUCCUUAGAAUAUUGAGCGCAAUAUCUCACGCGCAAGAGAUCGAGCAAGCCGAAUACCACUCACCUCACCUUCUCGUUGGGGCUCCCCGUCACCCUACACCGGUUUUAACCGGGGUAGAGUGCGGAAGAGUGAGUGGCACUAAGACUGGAACUGAUGGUGACGACCUCAGCGAAAUUGAAAUAAAUAAUAUGGUUAUGGAACGUAAAAAGAACACAGUUUACGGUGCAGGGGAGGGAGACCCCAGUACCGGCGCAGUAGAGGGUUGUCAAGCGGGCCCCGCUGCGUCGACAUCGUGCAACCGCGGCCGUCCGGGGGUGGACCGCCAGGCCCUUGGACGUGCCUCUGCGUCUGGUGAUGAGGAAGGGAGUGUGAAUAAUAGGAGCACAUCCGUAGAUUCUAACGUGUCACGUACCGAAGUGAGCGAGUCUGAAUACGUUUGGAACAAGCUGCCGUUGGAGCGUAGAAGGGAGAGCUCCGAUGAUGAAAGGUCGUCGCUUGGUUCUUCCUCGUUGGCAGGGUUGAAGAAGCGCCCGAUUCGAAGGAUUGCCGCAUUGGACGACGAUAGCACGGAUAGUAAUGCGGAUUUUGUAACCGUGUCAGCUCCUAAGAAGAGGAAAAGAAAUACUGUCCAAUCGUUCGAGUCGGAUAUGGAGGAAGCAAUGUUCGGCCAGGCAACCACAGAACUCGACGCGAAGAUAAUACGCGCAAUAGAGGAAGUGGAGCGGAUUGUCAUCUACAAGAACUUAAAGUGGAUGUAUGUCAAGCGAUUAAUAAUUGCGUCCCGUAAGAUUCGGACAGCCAGCGCUAUAAUUCGGGAGCGAGUAAUCGCCACCUGCGAAAAUACGACGCCGACCAAUCCUCUUCGCUACCAUCGCCAUUCACAUGGCGACGACAGGUGGGCGAAAAAGGAGGGAGAAGAGUACCCUGAGGCGAUUCCACGCACGUGGAAGAGGCUGUGCCAAUUCGAGAGCAAGGAGGGCCGCCUCCAAGAGACGGUGAUGCGGCUGACGCGGGGAACAGAGAAGAAAAAAAGCAAAGAUAAAAAAGAGAGGGCGGAGGACCCGACAGUGACAGAACUCGAGGAUCUGUUCCGCCGUAUGAAUAUCGAAAUGCGGCGUUGGCUGCUGCCGUCGCAGUCGUCGUCGCUAACUAAAGACAAGGGAGUGGUAUCCUCAGGUACGAGCGCCCUCCCCGCUGCGAAAUCCACGAGGUUGCGAUCGAUCAUCGAGUCUUCGGAAAGCGAGGUGGACGACUUCACCAACAUCGUCGAUUCUAAAGUGGGCAGAAGAAGAGACAGAAAAAAUGAAAAGCACUCGAAAUCCGCGAAGGGAGCAGGGAAUUCCAGCGGUGGAGAAAGAAUAGGAAAAGAAAAGAAAAGGACAAGAAAUAGAGGUGACGGAAGUAAGAAGAAGAACAAAGGUGGAGGUUCGAAGGAAUCGGACGGGAGGGACGAGGGGGCGGGUGCAAGCACGCGCAGAAAUAUUAUGCCUAACCUCCCCCAACCCCCACGGUGCGCCGCGGUAGCGCUGCAGGAUUCGGUCUCCACUUACGCGGAAACGAGAUCGAGAGUUCCGAGGAAGAUCAGGCUGUCCGAUUUGAGAAUCGCCGAUGUUCUACCCAAGAGAGAGUUCACGGAUGUCAUGACUUUGGGGACCAAUGGUGAGACGGCGAAGUUAAAGCUGACACGGCUCGAUAUCUCGACCACCCUAGAGGAGGUGGCAGCGGCCGUCGCUGAAGCGGGCGGCGGUUGUCACGCCGGCGAGGUCAACGUAGGCAAGCUCCGAAUCACCUCGUGUGGUCUUGGCUCGGUGUGGCUCCGCUGCCCUUUGACGACGGCGAGGAAGAUCUGCAGCGGCGACGAUGGCAAAGGAAUACUGCAGGUGGGAUGGUCGAGGGCGAGGGUUCACCUACUCUCGGGGCGCAAACUCCAGUGCUUCAAAUGUCUGGAGACUGGUCACGUGAGGCAGAAUUGCGAGUCGACGAUCGAUCGGUCCGAUCUAUGUUACAAGUGCGAUAUUGAUAGAUGCAGUGGAAAGUAUCUGCAGCCUAAAAAGAUGAAUACUCUGGUUUCAAAAAAGGACUCGAAGAUAGCUAAAAUUGAAGGAAUGAUGGACGGAUAUGCUACGUCACUGACUGAAUGGACUAACAAGCCAAGGAGAAGAAAGAUAACGAGUGGUAGAACGGACAAGAGACGGGACAAGAUUAAAAUCUUACAAAUAAACUUAAAUUGCUGUAAACUGGCACAAGAUUUGAUGUACCAGUACGCCUACAAGAUCCGAUCCGAUGUGGUUAUCAUCUCAGAACCGAAUAAGCAACAAACGUACUGGCAUAACAAUACUAAGGGCAAUGUGUCCAUUUGGGUCAUGCGCUUUAGCGGUGCUCAUCCCAAUGAUAGGACAACAAUGCAAGACGAAGGCAUUGUCACAGGGAUCAGCGGACCACUGCGAAUCUUUGUUACUACGAAGCCCUGCAGCAACUUUCAACGUUCUACUACGGUGAAACUAGACGAGAAGACUACGGUCAGCGCAGAGCAAGCCUACGAACAGGAUUUGGAAUCUAGAGCCAAUCAGAGAGGAAACACCCCAGAGGAUCCUCAACGGCCAUAG